AUGGGGGACAAGAAAGCACAAGAAAUACUAGAUGGAAUGCAAUCAUUUGAUUGUAAAACUCGGUUAAAAUAUAUGAAGGAGUUGAAAGUAUUAUGCCAUAUCAUAGGCAUGGAGAGGACGAAAAUGGAGUUAGUUGAAUUUUUAUAUAACAUAAUAGAAGAUGAUUCAGAUGUUUUGAUAGAGUUAUCAAAUAAUUUGGUAUUCUUAACAAACUUUAUAAAUAAUGUAAAUAACUGCUAUUUUCUGUGUGACUUAAUAUUAAAUUUUAUAAUAACGUAUGAAAAGGAAAUAAAUAUAAAUGGGUAUAAUGCUUUUAAAAAUUAUAUACAUAAAUGUGAUAGUAGUACAUUGAUUAAUAUUAUAUACCCAAGAAUAAUAAGAUUGGCCAAUAAUGAAAGUGAUAAUUAUCGUAUUGGAGUCAGUAAAAUUAUACCAAUCUUAAUAGAAAGAUGUAUAUAUGAAGACCAAGCUAAUUAUAUGAAAUCUUUUAUUCACUUGUUUCUAGAAUUGUGUCAGGACCAGAGUAUAUUAGUCAAAAAAUCUUGUUGUGAUAAAUUUUGUAACUUUUUAAAAAUAUUAAAAAGGUAUAGAGAGCAUAUACAUAAUUCUGCAUAUACAACUAUAAAACAUGAGCAAUAUGUAAAAGAAAUUGAUGUAAAGGAAGUCCAUAAUAACAGCGAUAUUGAUAGUGUUAACAAGAACAUUAAGAAGUCAAAUCACCGCUUAUGGAAGCAGAUAAAGGAAAAUAAAAAUGAAGGGGAAGCUGAGGAACUAAAAAAAAGGGAAGAAGAAAAUGUUAUAAUGAAUGCUGAUGGCGAUAAAGCAUGGGUGCUUGCUCCAAACAGUAUAUCGCCAAGUAGUAUUACACCAAGUGGAAUUAUGCCAAAUGGUAUUACACCAAGUAGUAUUACGCCAAGUGGUAUUACGCCAAAUGGCACUUCUCCAAAUGAAGGUACGCCAAAUUCAGCCCUUCCAUGGGGAGGCAAAGGGGAGUGGAGUUCACUUAGUGAUAGAACAAGUGAAAAGAAAACAAAAAUCUUUGUAGACAAAAUAUGGGAAAAGGCUCAAGAAAUAUACCGUAGUUUUUUUUAUCCAAUAAAUGGGUUGGAUGAAGUCCAAAUUAGUGCAGUGUCCAUAUUAAAUGAGGUUUUAUACAAUGACCCUAAUUUUGUGAAUAAUUUGGAUCAGGUUUUAACUAGUAUAUGUAAUGAUGAGAGUUGGAGAGUUAGGGCAGUGUUAGCAAAUAAUAUACAAGAAAUUCUAAAAAAUCAAAAAAAUGAUGAUUUAUCUGUGAUAUUGUUAUUAUUGUUAAAAGAUUUGGACAGUAAUGUACGUAGUAUUGUUUUGAAUAACUUGGAUAGAAUAUUAGUUCAUUCAAAAAUUAAAGUAAAUAUACUGGAUGAAAUAUUUGAAGAUUUAAAGAAAGAUAUUGAUAGUAAUAAUAUACACUUGAAAAUUUCGUUAUGCAAAUUAUUAUGUACCUUACCAGAUGUUUUAGAUAAGGACGGAUCAAUCGAAUAUAUUCUUCCACUAUUUUUACUUUUUAUUAGAAUAGAAGAAAGUAAUUUGAAAUCAGAAUUAUUUAUUUGCUUACAUAAAAUAUCAAAACUUAUAUCUUUUUUUGAUAUGAAACAAAUAAUUAUUCCACUAAGUAAAGAAAUUGUAAAAAGUAAAAAUUGGAGACUACGAUGUUCUUUAUAUUAUCAUUUAAAAUUUUUUGAUCAUUUUUUUUUAUAUCAAAAUAAAGAAAAUAGCUCUUCGAAUUAUGUAGAUUUCUGGAAUUAUAUGCAUACAGGAGCUAAGGAUUUAGUGUACUCUAUUAGGAUAGAGGUAGCUGAAACUUUGUAUUUUUUAAUUAAAAAUAGAAAUUUUUCUUUUUUUGAAAAGGGAUUAACAUAUUUAUUAAAUGAUUUAAAAGAGUCUACUAAUUAUAUAAAUAGAAUAAGCUGUUUACAAUUUAUAUCAAAACUAGUUAUACUAUUUCCUUUACAAUAUAUUGAAAAUUAUAUUUUAAAAGUUAUCAAAGAUCUAAGCAAAGACAAAAUAAGUAAUAUUAGGUAUAACAUAGUUAAGACUAUAUAUUAUAUAAAUAAAUAUGUUAAACAUGUUCUGACUAUAAUCACAAAUAAUACAUAUGAUGAAUUGAUAAAUAAUGUAACUAAAAUGAUUGAUCAGAAAAAUAAAGAAAAUAAGCAAAAUUGCAGCACCCCUAGGCACAAAAAUAAUAAUACUCACUAUUUUCAUUUUUUGGAAAAUAGACAAAAUCUUCUAAAUUAUAAGAUGCAUAAUAAAGGCGAUUCCUUUUUAAUAAAUUCGUGUCAUUUAUCUUCACUCUCAUUUUAUCAUAACAUGAAGAAUAUAAUUACAAACAAGAACAGCUGUGAACAUAUCUUAAAUUUCUUAUCAGACAUACUAAAUUCCUUGGAAAAAGACAUUGACAAUGAUGUAUCCAAGGCUUCGUACUCAUUAAAAAAUAAUGAUUUCUUUUUUUACAUAAGUUCUGUAAAUACAUUUAACACUGUUUGUAAGCCAAUUAAGUGA